AUGCAUAGUGCUGGUCAACGACAGAAUAAACCGCCUGACAGAUACAAUCCCUCAAGCUAUUAUCACUCCCCUGUACUCCCUGCUACCGAUUUCGACCUCACUAUGAGUAACCCCAACGAGAAAGACUUCUCCCUAACCGAAACAACCACUCCAUCCCUAGCCUCCCUCCAACGGCAGAUAGAUGAUAUGAAUAAGGUCUUCCAUCAACAACUCGACUCCUUUGCCCUUCGGUUUACCGAAUACGAUGAAAAGUUCCACGACCUAUGUACUCGCGUACACAUACAGGGUAACAUCAGUGAUUUAGUAACUAGCAAUGAUAAUUCCCACUCCACCACGUUAAAUGAAAGUAUUAAUCAUAUGAAUAGUGUACAGCGUAGCAUCAACGAGAAAAUUAAAUCACUUUCUGACCGGAUCUGCACUACCGAAGGUCAAGCUUCGAGACUGGCGGCUCUAGAGAAUAGGCUCCAGAACAUUUCCGUCAACCCUCCCCCUUCAACCCAAUUUUCAGUAUAUCAACGCCCCCCUCAAAUAAAUUCUUCCUUACCCCCAAGAUCAACUCAACCACUAGUCACUUCUAAAGUUCUCUCUUCAACCAUUUUACCCAACAUCUCUAAAAUAAAUAGUCUCCCAUGUAAUUCGAUGUCUGCCAUUCCAAAUUGUCAAAAUAAUCCAAACCUCUCUAACAAUAAUAACAUUUCCAAUAGCCUGUCCUACACUUCUGCUAUCUCUCUAGACCCUCACCGCAUCCUUAAGUACAAUGGUCAACUCUCUCCAACCCAUCCCGCUGACUUUCUCGACAAGGUCGAUCAAUAUUUUCUUAUGCAUAAUGUUUCUGACAAAGUAAAAAUUAAUUUUAUCAGUGACAACUUUACCGUCAAGGCAUUACUUUGGUAUAAUACUCUACUUCCCCCUCCCGUAAAUUACAAUGACUUUGUAGAACUGUUUAGAGACUAUUUCUGGUCCCAAAGCCUUCUGCGGUCAAUAUGA